AUGAAUCAAAGUUAAACGAUUUCAACUCUAAACACCUCCAUUCAAAAAGCCAAAUCUGAUUUCCAACAAAUCACAACUUAAAACAGAUCUCUCAUCUCACAAAUGAAAAUUGAUAAUUCCGAAUAUACAGAUUAAUUGAUCAAUCAAAAAUAAAAAAAUACAGUCGUAGAUACUUAACUAGCUUUGAGUGUGAUUAAGGCUUAAGAGGAGUGUGCUUUGAUCGCUUAAAAAAUUGAGAUAGAAACCAAGAAGAAGUAAGACUUGGAAAAUCUAGUGAACGCAAUGAAAACAAGUGCAAAGGACAUCUCAAAAAUAGAAAAUACAAAUUCUGGCAGUGAGUUAACUUAGGUGUAGAAAGCAGUUCGAGAUGCAGAAUUGAAACUGUAAUAGAUUCACAUUAAACACAAUGAGUAAUUAGCAGAAGUAGAAGCAGAAAAAGAAUAAUUGAAUCUCAGCAGAAGGGAAAGAGUCAUUUAUUCAACUGUGUUUAAAGGAAUUGAAAAAGAUGCUAUUUUUAAAUAAAGAGAAUAUUAAAAUUGUAUAAGAUAAAACGAAUUACUCAAAGAGGAGUAAAAAUUUCUACAGGAUUAAUUGAAAUUAAUUAAGGAAUUAGCUGAUAAGGAGCAAAACAAAUUCCAACAAGAAUAUGAGGCCUUAUUCAAACCUUAAAAAGAUGAGCAAUAGGAACAAUAAAGCAUGGCUUCAGAUCAAAAAUCUUAAGUUUAAGGCCCUUAUCUAACAGAAUAAGGGGAUUAAUCAAAACCAAUACUAAAAGAAAGAAGUGAAUCAUAAUAGGAAUAGAAAGAUGUUGCUUAGUAAGUACUUGAAUAUGAGGCUUAAUUUAAUAAACUGUAUUUGGAAACAGGGUUCAACAAUGUUGAAGCCAUACUGAAAUAAUAUUAUAAUUAAGAAAUUUGGAUUGAUGAAAUCUAUAAGGAAAUCAAUGAGAUUAAUUAAGAAAUUGAACAAACUGAAUAAAAGAAUGAGAAAAUUUAGUAAUAUUUAUAAAGGUUUAAAUAAAUGGCAAAGGCUCCAAUCAAAGAAUAAGUAAAUUCAGAAGAUUCUAAGAUUGAAAGAAUUUCAAGAGGCAUAGACUAAAAUAAAAAACAAAUAGCUUAAAUUUAGUAACAGUAUAUGAGGAUUCAAGAAUAAAUAGGAGUCGAAAUCAUAAAUAGUGAUGAUGAUGAGACUACCCUUUUGCCAAAAAUAGAACAAUUAGAAAAGAUAAUAGACAAUAUUUUAUUAGUUUCAAAUCAAUAUGUUCCAAAAUAGGAUCAAAAGAAACAAAAGAAAGGAACAGUUAAGUUUGAAGAUGAUAGGAGUGAAGUAUCAGGAACUAAAUAACAAACAGAAUUAAAAUCUUUAACUGAUCACUAAUUAGAAUUAGACAUUAUUUUGACAGAGGUUGAGAAGAAAAAGACUUUGGCUGAAUCAAGGCAUACAAAGGAAGAAUUAUCAAAAGAAAGUGCUGAUUAAAUGGUAUUUUCAUUAAAUAAAAAAUCAAAUUCCAAAAGAUCAAAACAUCAACAAUCCCAAUAUUGA